UCUCCCUUCAAAGCUGGCAGAAAAUAUAUUCAAAGCACAUUGGAAAAAUUUUCAAACCCACAAAAAUGUAUAAAAUUGUUGUGAUUCUAUCUAUACUUUCUCUGAGCAGCGCCCUCGUUGAACGAGAGUACCUUCCUCGAGUGAAGGAAAGCAAGGCAGGGGUUCUGUACACCAUCGAAGGAAUCGUCUUGCCCGCCGAGAAGAAGCUGAAUCUUCCGAAAACCUGGGUAAGGGACAUCACCGUGUCGAUCAACAACGGAGAGCUGAAGGGAUUCGUGCGAUUGGACCGACGCUUUUCGAUAUCCGGAGUUCCGAGCGGGAGUCACGUGCUGCAGAUCGAGCACCCGGACAUCCACUUUCAGCCUGUGAUAGUGGAGAUAAAUGCAAGGGGGAAGUACCGGGCUCGCAAGGUGAACUACGUCCAGCCAUCGGUGGUCGUCCAGGUGCCCUAUCCACUGCGUCUGCUGCCCCUCCACCGCCGGAAGUUCUUCAGGAACCGGGAGCAGUGGCACGUCGUCGACCUCAUCCUGAACCCGAUGGUUCUGGUCAUGGUGCUGCCACUCCUGCUCAUGCUGGCCAUUCCCAGGAUCAUCAAGGACCCGGAGGCGAAGAAGGAGCUGGAGAGCAUUCAGCUACCCAAGAUCAAGGACCUUCCGGACUUCAGCGACAUGCUCGUCUCCUUCCUUUCGGGCCAAAGGCCACCAGAUCCGGAGGUCAAGGAGGUCGCCAAGAAAGCCUCCAAGAAGAACUAACGAAAUUGUGAUUCCCAACCAAUUAAAGAAUUGCAGCUUGAUAAUUCCAUAAAAA